AUGGGAGAAAACACCCUAUUCACACUUGAUGAAUGAUUAUUUACUGUGACUAAGAAUUAUUACAAACCCCACUUCAACAACACACAUAAAUCCAAUACACUAAACCAUUACCGACGGUUGAAAUCAAACUAGAAUUUUUAGAUUGACAACGGUCACAUAUUAUAACUUUGAAAACCAAAUAAAUACCCCUCUUUGGGAGACUCAAAAUAACAAACGCAAAAUGGCUGAUGAAGUUGGCAUUCCUGGAAGCUCCAUGCAUGGAGUCACAGGCAAAGAGCAAACCUUUGCCUUCUCAGUAGCCUCUCCAACUGUCCCGACCGACACGACGGCGAAGUUCACACUACCGGUAGAUUCAGAGCACAAAGCCAAAGUGUUCAAAAUCUACUCUUUUGCCAACCCACACAUGAGAACUUUUCACCUUUCUUGGACCUCAUUUUUCACUUGUUUCAUCUCCACCUUCGCCGUUGCACCACUUGUCCCUGUCAUCCGGGAUAACCUAAACCUAAAGAAGAGCGAUAUAGGGAACGCCGGCAUAGCUUCAGUCUCCGGUAGCAUCUUCUCUAGGCUUGUAAUGGGUGCAGUUUGUGACUUAUUAGGCCCGCGGUACGGGUGUGCAUUUCUCAUCAUGUUAACGGCUCCAACCGUUUUAUGCAUGUCGUUUGUUUCGUCGGCCAGUGGGUAUGUGGCCGUCCGGUUCGUGAUCGGAUUCUCACUUGCGACGUUCGUGUCGUGCCAAUAUUGGAUGAGUAGCAUGUUCAAUGGCAAGAUAAUUGGGCUUGUCAACGGCACCGCGGCCGGGUGGGGUAACAUGGGUGGUGGAGCAACUCAACUCAUCAUGCCAAUGCUGUACGAGGUGAUCCGGCAAGCCGGGGCAACACCGUUCACGGCGUGGCGAAUCGCCUUUUUGGUCCCUGGAUUGCUUCAUGUGAUCAUGGGGCUCUUGGUCUUAGGGUUAGGCCAAGAUUUGCCUGAUGGAAACCUUGGCACCCUUCAAAACAAAGGAGAUGUCCCAAAAGAUAAGUUCACCAAGGUACUUUGGUAUGCCAUCACAAACUACAGGACAUGGAUUUUUGUUCUUCUAUAUGGCAUGUCACUGGGUAUAGAAUUAACCAUCGAUAACAUCAUAGCAGAGUACUUCUACGACAGGUUUAAUCUCAAGCUUCACACAGCUGGAACAAUAGCUGCUACAUUUGGCAUGGCCAACAUAGUUGCUCGACCCCUUGGCGGGCUCAUGUCGGACCUCGCUGCACGCCGGUUUGGCAUGCAGGGCCGGCUUUGGAACCUAUGGAUCCUACAAACCCUAGGAGGGGUCUUUUGUAUCUGUCUCGGCCGAGCCAACACCCUUCUCACCUCUAUUUCAUCAAUGAUCCUCUUCUCCAUUGGUGCUCAAGCUGCAUGUGGAGCUACCUUUGGGAUCAUCCCAUUCAUUUCCCGGAGAUCACUCGGUGUCAUCUCUGGCCUAACUGGCGCAGGAGGGAAUUUCGGAUCAGGGUUAACGCAGUCUUUGUUCUUCACUAGCUCAAUGUACUCAACUGCGACGGGGAUUUCUCUCAUGGGCAUCAUGAUUGUCGUGUGCACCCUUCCUGUGAUGUUUGUGCAUUUUCCGCAGUGGGGAAGCAUGUUCUUGCCGCCUACCAAGGAUGUUAUGAGGUGUAAUGAAGAAUACUAUUAUGGGUCAGAGUGGAAUGAGGAGGAGAAGCAGAAGGGGUUGCACCUAGGAAGCCUCAAGUUUGCUGAGAAUAGCAGGUCGGAGAGAGGCAGGCGUGUUAUUUCUGCAUCAACAACUCCUGAUUCUACAGUACCUUGAUAAUUGUAGAGAGAGAGAGAGAGAGGGUACGGGUCUUGGUGAAUAUUGUAAGAAAGCAUGUAAAGAAGAUGCUAGUGUUGAUGAUAAACCAACACCUAUCAUGCAUUAUCACAAGAAAUUUUCCUAGGGUACCAACUUG